AUGCAGAGAUCCGUUCGAGCAUGUAAAGUGGCACCCUGCGUGGAAUUCUCCGACCUCCGGGGAAGCAUACCUCACGCAGAUCCAGAGCGCCCGGCCCCCAAAGCUCCAGACGUGAACCAAGAGGAAGAACCUGAGCCAAAGCACAGCCCGACGGACUCCAAGAAGAACAGUGAGCUUUUGCCGCCCCCAGAGAACUCGGAAGAGGCGUAUGGGCAACCCUUGCCUCAGGUCGGGAAGGCGUGGCGUGUAGCGCAACUGGUUGGGACUGGUUUGUGCUCAGCCUUUCUGGUAUCCAUUUGUUUCACUGCCUCCCUGGCAGCCAGCGGGCUGUGGCCCGUCCCCGGCCACAAGAGCGCAAGUUUCUGGGGCGGUUUCCUGAACCGGCUGGUUUGGGCUCUCAGCCCAUGUUUCCUGGGGAGCUUCUUCCCUGGACUCUGCAAUCCAACGCUUAUGACGAAACGGAGCUGCCAGGUCUUCUUCCUCCUGGUGAGCCUCGUGCCCUUCGUCAUCGCCAACAUCUCUUUUCCCUACGCGGUCGGUACGGAGAACGAGGGCAUCGUCUUCUUCUCUACAUGCUUCUGGCCAACGACUACCUGCAUCUUCUUCCUGCCCUCCAUGGUGGCGGGCAUACGCCACUGCCGUGGCGACGAUGACUGGUACCAGUUGUGCUCGCAAGUGCGAUACAUCAGACAGCAAGGAAAGAACUUUUGGCUUGACUUGCUGAGCUUGGUCGCCUGUUUCCUUGCCACUGUUUUGCCAGUGAACUACAUCGCUCUGGACUUCGCAGUGGUCAUGCCGAACAUGAGCACCCUUGUUGCUGCGGUGCUUCGACCUCUCAUUUCCAUGCUGCUGAAAGGCUGCUGUGUGGCGGUCUUUAAAGUCGCCGCCUCUGGGCUUGGGCCCACAAUGCAUCGAUAUGGCAUGUUUCCUCUGGCCCUGAACCUGGGAUUGCACACAUCCUUGGCUGCGGCUCAGUGUCGCGACUGGCCCAGCGUCGGAAUCUGGGUGCUGUGCGAUUGCGCAACCAUACUGUGGCGAGCCGUGAGGGCUCGACAUGCCGGUGCAUUUCGGAAGAGAUUUGUCGACCUGACACCAUGGCUUAGUGACGAAGAUCUCCUGAAACGCAUGAGCUUCGAAGCUAUCAUUCUAGGCUGGGGACUCACAGCUGCUCUUUCAAGUUUGCUGGUCUUCAGUCCGCUAGCUUGGGUGCUCCCGCGCAUGCUUCAAGAAUUCCUCCUCACAUCUGGGUUGAGCAGCGUCAAGUACCUGGCCGUCGUCUGCGUCUGUGAUGUCAGCGCAGACAUCUUGUCCAUUGUCUACCUCACACAUCUAUGCAAUUGCGAUUUCAGCAAAGUUUUGGGGCAUCCCUUUUCCGGGCCCGUUUGUCAUGCAUAUAUCAGUUCCCUAGCAGUGGUCUGGGCCCCUUGUGCACUGGGGUGUUUCGGCUGGGUAUUCCAGCACAUGUGCGUUUCCACUUUCAAGUCCGAGUGUUAA